AUGAGCACAUCUGGAGAAAACAACGAAUCAUCUUCCGGAAAUCAAGCAACAACAUUGAUUGAGUGGAUGAAACAACAUUCUGUGGGAAUUCUGCCUGAAGAGGAGCUAAAAAAAGAACCAGUCAACGUUCUAAGAAAAACUGUCGAUGAAGCUCAGGGAUCAUUUCGUGGAACUGUCACAACCAUCACAUUAUUCACCGAAUUGUCGAUGAUCAUCACAGCUCAUCCAUGUGGAGCUGAAGCGUUUGGAGAGUGCGUACACGAUCUUAUUAUAAUACACAAUCCAUUCACUGGUCCGAAAGUGUAUCUCUCUGUUUCCAUUGAAUCGCCUGAAAGAAGACUACCCCUUGGUACAUGUUUCGGAAUCCUCGAGACAAUCACAGGUGAAACCAUUGCAAAUUGCUUGGAAAAUAGCGGACAAAAUCUUGAACUGAACACUCCAAAUGUUACUAUCAAAUUGGCAUAUCUUAAUUCUCCUUAA